AUGCUUAUGCAAGCUGCGCUCGUGGCCCUCGCCGCCACCACCGUGGGAGCCGUCAAGCCGCUCUCCAUCAAGGGAACCGACUUUGUCGACUCCGACGGUAACAAAUUCCAGCUUGUUGGUGUUGCCUACCAGCCCGGCGGUAGUGCUGGAUACGACCCCAAGACGGGCAAGGACCCUCUCAGUGAUGCCGAUACCUGCUUGCGUGAUGCGGCUCUUCUGCAGGUCAUGGGCGUCAACGCCAUUCGCGUGUACAACCUCGACCCCAACCUGAACCACGACCAGUGCGCCAGUAUCUUCAAUGCUGCUGGCAUGUACAUGGUCCUUGACGUCAACUCUCCUCUGGUCGGCGAGUCUAUCACCUCUUCCGAGCCCUGGACGAGCUACUACGAGGCCUAUUCCAACCGCACUUUUGCGAUUGCUGAAGCUUUCGGCAACUACCCCAACACCUUGCUCUUCUUCUCCGGAAACGAGGUCAUCAACGACAUCCCCACCGCGAAAUUCGUGCCCCCUUACCUGCGCGCCGUCACCCGUGACUUGAAGAACUACAUCAAGAAGAACCUCAAGCGCCAGAUCCCCGUUGGCUACUCUGCCGCUGAUGUUCGUGAUGUUCUGUGGGAUACCUGGAACUACCUGCAGUGCUCCGAGCCCAACGAUGAUGGCGACAUGAGCCGUGCCGACGUCUUCGCCCUCAACUCGUACAGUUGGUGUGGCCCUGACGCCACCUACAAGAGCUCAUCCUACGACGUCUUGACCGAGAACUUCCAGGACACCUCUGUCCCCGUCUUCUUCAGCGAGUACGGCUGCAACACCCCCAUGCCCCGCUACUGGAACGAGGCCCAGGCCAUCUACGGCUCCGACAUGACCCCCGUCUUCUCCGGCGGCUUCGUCUACGAGUACACCGAGGAGGACAACAACUACGGCCUGGUCAACAUCACUGGUGACACCCUGAACAUCAUGGGCGACUACAACCGCCUCAAGGCCCAGUUCGCCAAGAUCGACUGGAAGACCGUGCAGUCCCAAAAGGCCAGCGGAAAGGCCCCCGCCGCUCCCAAGUGCGCUUCCAGCCUCAUCAAGGAGAAGGGCUUCGACAGCAACUUCACCCUGCCCGUCCCCCCUCCCGGCGUCCAGAAGCUCAUCGACAACGGCAUCAGCCCCAAGCCCAGCGGUUCCAUCGUCAAGGUCUCCAACUACAACGUCAAGAUGAGUGUCAAGGAUUCCGAGGGCAACGCCGUCACCGGCCUCAAGGUUGUUCCCCUCAGCGACGACGAGUCCAACUGGGCCGGCAAGAACUCUGCCGACACUGGAUCCAACUCCACCACCACCUCUGCUGGCAAGUCCGGCUCCAGCGAUGACAAGAGCGAUGACAAGAGCGAUGACAAGGACAGCGCCGCCGCCUGGAUUCACCCUGCUUCUUGGGCUCUGGCUCUGCCUUUGGUUGCCAUGCUCUUCAUCUAA